AACUAACAACCUCUCGCAGUCUUUGUUGUGAGGUGGAGAUGGUAGGUGUAUGUGUGGGUUGCUCUGAUUUCUUUCUACGCUGUGUGUAUAUACGUCAAUCCUUUGUGUUUUCUUAGUGAUCACUUCAAAGGAAUUUGCGUGUUCUGGGAGAAAGGGAUUCAGUCACGGCCAACAGAGCUUCCUCGAAGUGGUGGUAGAUGUUUGUUAUUUUCUAGACUAGCUGAACACCAGCACUAUUUUCUACCUUCGUCAAGCUUUGUGUUGCAGAGCCAUCGCUGCUGGCAAGUGAAAAACCCACUCCCCCACAGCAGAAGUGUUAAAGAAUUCAUAGCAAAGGUGUGAUGGUGUUGCUUCGUAAUGGCUGAGGGUCACUCCGAGGAUGCGCCAUUGCUUGGAGGCGCCGACUCUAUAUCCCCAGGCGACUGUUCUCCCGAACGGCAGCCGGGCAGAGGAGGGGGGGGCGGGGCUGUGCCCCCGACAUCCGUCGUCUGGUCCUCAGCGGCUGCCGGCGGUCACAGCGCCACGGCCGAGAUGCGGCAGCCAUGGCCACCAGACACGUGGGUGCGGGGGGCAGCCCACCUUGACACGCUGCACGUCCCCGUCCACGGCGACAACAACAACCCCAAGUUGGUGCGAUCGCAGUCGAGUAUGGACAGUGGGUGCGAAUGCGAUGGCGGAGAGGGCGACGGGAGCGGCGGUCCUCACGAUCCCUCCACCACCUUACCCCAUCACGUCCACCACGAAACCACAUGCUCCACCCCCAUACACGACCCAGCUGGGUUCUCUCCCUUGUCGCCAUCCCAGCCGGGGGGGAACAGCGGACCCCCGACACCGGGUCCCAGUAGUCAGGUAGUAGUGGUUGUCACCCCAAAUGCUCCUCACGCCUACUCCCACAUCCCAGAUUGUGACUCCCCCCCGGUCAGUGCCAACCACCAAAGCUAUGUCUGUGAUAUCGGCGUCGGCGUAGCGGGUGCCCUGAUAUGCCCUGACUCCCGCUCCCAUGCUGACCCCCAUACCAAAGUUACCUUCAUGAUAGACGACGAAGACGAUGACGACAUCAACCACGACAGUUGCGGAGUUGGUGGUGCUGGGAUGAAUGCCAUCGAGACUGCAUCGUUAAGUGGCUCCGAACCUGGGGAAGACUUCAAAGAGCAGUUGAGGCAUCACGCGACUGCUUCUUUCCCCAGAGUCCCGUCCUAUUCUAGAACAGGAGUGUUGUCUGCAUCUUCAUCAACAGCUUCAAUGCCUAUGUGCCGUAUUUGUCACCAUCCACAAGGUGAUGGACUGGAUACCCUUAUUUCACCCUGCAGAUGUGCAGGUACAAUGCAGUUCAUCCACCAGGGCUGCCUUAAUAAAUGGUUAGAAGUUAAGCGAUCUAAAAAGGCACCAGCAUGUGAACUAUGCAACUACCAGUUUCAUCGACACAAAAAGUUUAGGUUAAAUCACUGGCAGUUACCAUCAUGUUCACGUGCUGACAAAAUUCUUCACUCCAUCUUCAUGGUUUGUCUCAUCAUCAUGGCUGCCUGUGCUACAAUAACAAUCAUCUGUUUCAAACAGGAUCGUGUUGUUCCCAAGAAAACUGAUGAUGCAGAACUAACAAAAUCAGAAGUGGUUACGUUAACGUGUGGCGUUCUUUUUUUUGUAGCCUUUUUUGUUGCAAUGUAUGUUGAAGUGAAAGCACGCAAUACAUUGUAUAGGUUGUUUACUCGCUUUUUGUAUUUAAACCAAACGUGGCAUAUAGCAGAAUACGACAGACGAAAAGAUUCACAGUUUGGGCAUGCCCCUGUUUAGCGCUAGUAAUUUGUUAAUCCUUUUUGAUGGACUUGUUACAUGACAUUUUAGCCUUUCAUAGGUAAGUGAAUUGAAUCCAGUGUUUUGGUAACUUCAAUGACAUAUUUAUGCUUUAUUUCAUAUAUCGUUUAUUCUUUUCAUUUCACUAUUUUCAUGGAAAUAAUUACCAUUUCUUGUGACAAAAAAGUUCAAAUGAUAGUAAUGUCCAAAAAUGAACAAAAGUAUUAAGGUUUUAUUAUGAACUACCUUGAUAGUACCUUAAUUAAGAUACAGCAAAUUAAUUAAAGAACAAAAGAGAAAAAAAAGCAGUAUAUUGGUAGGGUCUUCUAUUUUAGGUGGCUAAUUCUAGUGCUGAGGUUAAAAAUAACUGAUAACUAUCAGUGACCUUGAAAAUAUCAUGAGAUUUAGAGUUUAAAGAGUAUUUUCAUUAACACUGAUCUCUUGUUUCUUCAUAAUUCAUUCAACUGUUACAUUUCCCAUAAUACAUUUAAUGGACGAUUCUUUAAAAGUUUUAUAUACCAUGUAUAUAAACAGUAAACUUAGUGCUGCUGAAUAGACAUUUGUCCGGCUAGCAAGUUUGCUAAAGUUUAUAAUUUGUUGUUGAGACACUUAACACAAGACAAAUGGAAUGUGAUAUUUGCGAUGUAUAACAGAAAGAAAUGGUGUAAUGAUAUAGGAAGAAAUGGUGUUUUCAGCAUUACUUGCACUCAUUCUGUUAGGUAGACUCCAAGUGAAGAGUAUCUGAAGCUGCUAAGGUUGAUAAUUUCAUAAUUUCAUUCUUACACUUGCCUCAAUGUAGCUUUAGUAUUGCUUGUUAAGCUGGAGGUUUACAUCCUCGUGUUUAUAUGUACAGUUUUAUAUCUAAACUUUUGCUCAUGAACAGCUGUUGUCCAAUAUUCCUAUCCAUCAUCUGUUAUUCCUUCAGAUAGUUGAUUACAUUCAGUGUUCUCACUUUUUUGUUUGUCUUUAACAUAUUUACCACUUUCUUUUUCCACACGGUAAUGUUUUUGCUGUCCAACCUAGUCACUAUUGAAAAAAAGUAUCUCAGUAGGGGGUACAGUGUACUUAAUCAGUGUACAGCAUGGAUUAGGCCUUUUUAAAAAAUUCAGUUCUUUUUGAAUGCAAGGCAAAGCUUUUGUAAUACAUCAUUACAGCGUCAAGAGUAAUUUGGGAUUAUGCUAUAUCACUGUGUUGGUAAAGUUAUGAUAUUCAGUAUAUGAAAAUUUGUAUAACGUUCCAUAUACAGUACAGACAUGACUUGAUUUUGAAUACUGUAGUCCUUAUAGCUUGUAAUACAAUUAGAAAUGUGUGCUUUUGCUUUCUCAAAAUUUUUAAAUUUGUGUUUAUAAUAACUAUAGCACAAAUUGCAAAAUGGCAAGGCCUUUGUAAGUCCCAAUGUGGUAAAUAUAUAAUUGGGACUAUGUUAUUUAGUCCACCAGUUUACAUCAGUAUUUUAAAUAGGAAAAUUGUAUUUAUUUUUUAUGCAGUACUGACAGGGAAUUGGUAUUCAUAAUCUCCUUGUUUUUAGUUUAAUUCCCAAGUUAGUAAAAAAAUUUUACAUGCAAUACUUAUUAGCUGCAAAGUUGUAUGUAUGCAGUGUGUUUCAUGUCUACAUCAUCUGUACAUUUUUCAUAAAUAACCACAUUUUUUAAUGGAGUGAGAAAUAAUUUCAAGUGUGCACACACUGAUUCAUAAGUUCAUCUGUAGAUACUGUAAUCACUUUUACCAAAUUUGUUAGGAGGGAGUCAUUUUACCCAUAAACACAUUAAUACCUCCUACCAUGGGGAAGAGUAUUUACAAAAGUGCUGUACUAUAAUACUGAAUUCAUAACUUCCUUAAAACCAUUGUGUAUAUUUGUUAAAUCUCUUUUUCCCCUAGUUAGAUCAUUUUACUUUUAUAAAUAUUAAAAUACUACUACUUAAUAAUGAAUGUAAAACUAACAUUAAUUAAUAGUUAGAUUGUUCAGAAGGUAUAUCUAAAGUGAGAAAGAGAAAUAAAUGUCAAGUCCUGACAUUGAAAAGCUGCCUUAUGAGAAUGGUGAGAAACAAGUGUCAAGUUCAGACCAUUCUUGAUACGGUUACCACUACGUACUGAAGACUUAGUUACCAAAGCAGUGCAGUGUUCUCUCAUUUUUUAUGGAAUACAUGAAAAUAUAGUCAUAUUUAUAAAAGAAUGAGAAGGAUAUUAACCAAAGUGUUGGCAUAGGGAGAAAUCAGGUAGUCAUUAAAAAGUCUAUGCAGUCCAAUCCUUAGAUUCAUAGUAAGUGCAUAUAGAUCAAUUUCUAGCAGUGGUUAAAUGCUAUUCAUAAUCCAUAUGAUUCCCCCUAUUCCUUAUUCACUAACCUCUCCAUCUUUCCCCACACAGGAGCUUUUUAUGUUCUGCAUCACCUCAUCCAUUAAUGACUAAGAUAUAAGUUUCAUUGGUCACUUUUGUGAUGAUGUCAAUGUGCAGGUUAUUCAAAAUGAUAAGAUUUAUUGAUAAAGCUAGCCUAAUACAUAAUUGAACACAUCAGUUCUAAAAAAGAAAUUGGCUAGUAAACUAGGGGUGUAAAUCAGUAGUUUAAAUUAUUUUUAUUGUCCCUCUUCUCUCUUAAAUGGUCAUCUUUAUUCAAUUUAUUAUCCCCAAGUUGAUUUUGCUUUAGUAAAAUCACAAUAAGCUUUACAUUAGAUGUUAAGUAGUGAAAAAAGCUUAUUAGAGUAUAUUAUUAACUAUGUACUCUUUCAGGCAAUUAAGAGAGAUUUUAUUAUUGUAAGAAACAUCAAAGCAAUUAUCAUAAAUUUAUUGAAUUGUGCCUUGCAUGUUGAUAUAAAUGGCAUGCAGAAAUAAUCUGACAUUUAUUGUAAAUGGUCAUCCUUAGUUUUUGGCAUAAUGUUGUAAAAGGUAUUAUGCAUAUCAAUAUCCCUUUUAUGUGUGAGACAUCAUUACAGUACUGAAUUCACAUGAAAAUAAGUACAGGUAUUACACUACUUUCAACAAUUUGCACUCCCUUAUGAGUAUUGUGUUGCACUUUUUUAUUUUUGUAUUUGAUGAAAUAUGUACAGUAUACACUUUAAGGAAAAAGAUUUUGCAUUUCUAACUGAUGAUUAUGUAAACAAAGUUGCACUUUAAUAUGGAACUUUUACCAGUUUACAGUAUGGUGGUUGGAAAUUUGCUAACUUCUGAAGCUUGCAAUAUGGCUGCUGCUCCAUUUUUGGUCAUGUUUUUCCUCAUAUUUUAUAGACAAAAAAAAAAUCUUUACUAUAAAACUGGUAAAUAUGUCAGUAUGAAUAUGGCAAUUGUUACUCUGGUAUAAGUAUAAAUAUUUUCUUACA